AUGCAGAUUCUCGGCAUUAGCCGAAACGCCACACAAGAGGAGAUAAAGAAGGCCUACAAGAAGGAGGCCAUGAAGUGGCAUCCUGAUAGGCAGCCGCCAGAGAAGCGAGACGAGGCUCAAAAGCGCUUCACCGAGGUGGCCAACGCCUACGAGACGCUCUCCAAUCCCGAAAAGCGCAGUGCCCACGACGUUGGCGGAGGCACGAAUGGCUUUCCUGGUGGUUUCCAUGCUGGUGGAAACACUCAAGGUGAGUCUCACUUUGGCGGCUACAACUGUCAGGUGUUUAAGAAGUUGGCAGUGAUGCGGCUGCGAGCCAUGGAUAUCAACUCCGUGCAAGACGGCACGGAUACCAACUCCGUGAAAGACGGCACGGAUAUCAACUCCGUGAAAGACGGCACGUCGGAGGAGCCCACUUGCCGAUGUCUGCACAUGCCAGGCCGCGCUCGAGCGCCGAUUCAGCGAUCCACAUCGCUGCACAGAUGUCGUUCGAGCAACAUGGUGUCCAUCAUGCUGAUGGUGGCAUCCAUGCACGCAGUACCUUCGAUACCUUCCCUACAUGAAGCCUUUGUCUCUGGCGUUGCAGCAAGAGCCAGCGCACGGCAGGUGCUGCCAAGGCUGCAAAGGCCACCGCCAAGCCUGAGAUCUGAUAGCCUUAUGUCCAUCCGGCGAUCGCCGGAGAUCGUGGCUUUGUCUGCUCUACCGUUCUCUCCGUCCAGUUUGUUGGCGACCUUGGGCCCCUUCGGCUUCUUUGUAGCUGGUGGCCUUUGUUCGAGCUUCUCGCAUGUACUGGCGACACCGAUUGAUGUCAUUAAGACGUCCCAGCAGGCGACCGAAGAGAGGGAGGGUCGAUGUCCGGGCAUGCUGAACAUGGCGAUGAAGCUCGUGAAGUCACAUGGACCACAGAAACUCCUCAGUGGGGUUGGCGCGACGUUUACUGGAUACUUCCUGCAUGGUGCUUUCAAGUAUGGCCUGUUCGAGAUGUGGAAAUCCAUCUUUCGGAUUCAUCAAGUUGUUUCCGUGGCCGGGCACAUCAGCUUGCUGUGCAUAUGCGCUCUUCUAGCAGAGAUGCUGGCAACUGUCGUGUUAUGUCCGGCGGAAGCGGCAAGAAUAAUGCUUGUUGCAGAUCCAUCGUUCAUGGAGCCAACAAGACAGGCGUACGAACGGUUCUGUAAGCAACAGAAGAGAGGCAUGCAUGGUAUCCAUCAGAUUCUAACAAUGUUUGGCCUGAAUACAUGGCUGGCACUACAACAGCUUCGCAGCGAUCAGGGUGUGUGGAAAGGCUGGUUUGGGGCUUUGGUGCCAUUGUUGAUGAAGCAGUGUUCCUACACAGUCGCAAAGCUGGUCACCUACGACGUGAUGUCCGACUUCUGCAGCCUCUUUGUCAACCCAGUGCUUGCAAGAGUCUUAGCAGCCUUUGGUGCAGCAACGGCAGCGACACUCGCGUCCCAGCCUGCAGACACUGUAUUUACGUGCAUUUCUGUAGAGGGGGGAUCGGGCGAGUGCCCUGUGCCCAUGGACGGCGACUCCUUCUGGGACGACGAACCACCAAGUGUGUGGAAGCAAAUGAGAGACGCGACGAAUCGGCUGGGCAUUGCAGGUUUGUUCUCUGGAUGGCAAACUCGCAUCUUCCAGAUGACCCUAAUCGUUACGGUGCAGCUGCUGCUUUACGACACGAUUCGUCCCAGACUUUGA